AUGUCGCCAUUCCCGGAUCCUGUUGGUAGAAAAAAGGCGGCCGAAUUGUGGUCGAGGCUUCUGGAUACCUCCAAGUCCGAACCCCCUAGUUCUUUAAUGGCAUUAAGUAAAGUCCUCCAAGACCUCGCCGAGGAGUUCGACAAGCGAGUUCGUUCCGGUUGGGCUAGCGAUCUUUACAGUCUCGCGUGGUGUAACUACUUUGUCGCUGCUUUCGACAGGCCCACCGAUAACUCUUCCUCCGACACCACCUUCAAAGUGGACACCCAAGGAGACUACAAAGCCCGCAUUGUCAAAGAGGGCACGACGACGACCCUCGAGUUUCUGCUGAAUGGCCCCGCGACGGCUACAGUCCAGGUCCAUAGAGGUACCCUCAACCAAUUGAUUGGUGAGGGUUCUUCCAGAUCCGCUUACGUCCCCUCCGUCGGUAUUCCUGCCUCUGUUGCCGGCAGUACCGCUACUGCUACUGGUAGCAUUACUAGGGAGAUUGAGGAGGAGAAGACUAACCAGCAGGAGGAGUCCGACGAGGAUGUAGGCUACAGUCUCUGGGACUAA